CAAACUCCACACAGAAAUGCCAACUGGCCUAGCCAUGACUCAAACCAGCAACCUUCUUACUCAAAUUAUUCUUUUUCCAGACAAACAGAAUCUGGAAAUCUCCCAGCUGUAUGUUCUUCUCCCUUGAUGCUCGGAAAGAGUCAACAUGUCAAGUGUAUAAAAGGCGGCAUGAGGUGAUAUCACUGAACCUUCAGAAUUCAUCGUGGACUGAAUUUCAAAGGAUGAGCAAUAUUUUUACAGUUUCAAUCCCAAGGAGCAUAAGUUGCAAUCAUGUUUGAAAUUAUAGAAGUACAUCACAAUGAAUCUUACAGCAGUGAACCAAACUGAUAUGUGCGAGGACUACUCGUGUCCAGAGAGAUCUGUUUCUUUAUCUGUCUAUGUGAUUCUGUAUGUGGCCGCAGCAGCUGUGGCUCUUCUGACCGUGUGUGGAAACCUGCUGGUCAUCAUCUCUGUUAGUCACUUCAAGCAGCUCCACACACCUGCCAACAUCCUCAUCCUCUCUUUGGCUGCGUCUGAUCUGCUGGUGGGAGUUUUUGUGAUGCCGUUUCACUUAUCUUGGGUCAUUGAGUCAUGUUGGAUUUCUGGACCAGCGAUGUGCUUGAUUUUCAGCUUUGUGACUUUUCAGGCCACAUGCGUUUCUGUUCACACAGUGGCUUUAAUAGCUGUCGAUCGCUUUUUGGCUUUAGGUUUUCCUUUUUUUUACUCAGAGAAAAUCUCACCCACUGUGAUCUGCAUUACAACUUUGUUUAACUGGCUGUUUUCGUUUCUCUAUAAUUUCACUCUUCUUUAUAUUAAUGGAAACUUCACUAAUGUCAUUUGUCAAGGUAAAUGUCUUUACGUCGUUGAUAUGGUUUCAUCCCUUAUUGAUCUCCUGAUUGUGUUUAUAAUGCCAUGUACACUCAUUAUAUUACUAUACAUUCGUAUUUUUGCCAUUGCUAAGAAACAUGCGACUGCUAUAAGAGCCCUUCAGGUUCACAACAGCACAGAAUCCUCUAAGAACAAAAUCAGCGACAAAUCAGAGAGAAAAGCUGCGAUGCUGCUGGGGAUUCUGGUCUUUGUGUUUCUCCUCUGUUUGCUGCCGUAUUAUAUUACUUCAUUAGUGAUUUCAUACAGUACUGCUAACUUAUUUCACAUCAGAGAUGUUGCUGUAAUAUUUUUCUUCCUGAACUCCACCAUUAACCCCAUUAUUUAUGCCAUAUUCUAUCCUUGGUUUCAGAAAAGUUUAAAAAUAAUUUUCACAUUUAAAUUGUUUACUAAAGACUCCUCUCUGAUGAAUGUGCAGUAAGUUAUUGAAUAAAUCAAACAGGCAUGUUUCA